AUGAAGGCACGCAUACACGUUGCCCUGGCCCUGGCCGCCGUGGCGUACGCCUCCCCGGCCGCCACCGACUUCAACUGGACCGCCAUCACGCCCAGCCACGACCUCGAGUACCACGCCUGCUACGAGUCCUUGCGCUGCGCGCGCCUGCUGCUGCCGCUCGACUGGCUCAAUGCCUCGUCCCCGGCCACAAUCGCCCUGGCCAUCAUCCAGUCCCCCGCCGCCGUGCCCGUGUCGGACCCGACCUACGGCGGGCCCGUGCUCUCCAACCCCGGCGGGCCCGGCGGCUCGGGCGUCGACCACCUGCGGCGCGCCGCCGCCCAGCACCGCGAAAUGGUCGACACCCCCGGCCGCAAGCACUUUGAGUACGUCUCCUUUGACCCCCGCGGCAUCGGCCGCACCACGCCCCCGAUCAACUGCUACCCGGCCGACCGCCUGGCGCGCGCCGCGGCGUCCCUCCAGGCCCGCGGCAGCGGCGGCCUUGGCGGGCCCGCGCCCGCCGCGCUCACAUUGAACCUCGGGCUCGUGGGCAUGCAGGCCGAUCGCUGCGCCGACGCGAAUGGGGACUUGCUGCAGUAUGUGGGCACGACGAGCGUGGCGCGGGACAUGCUGGCCGUGGUCGACAAGAUUGCCGCGUACAAUAGGAAGCAGACGGCGAACAAGGACGCGGACGCCUAUCGCAACGAUGCCCAGUUUGAGCUACGCAACGCGGACGCGGACGCGGAUGAUCUCCCGCGGCUGCAGUAUAUCGGCUUCUCGUACGGGACUGUUCUGGGCAACUACUUUGCCGCCAUGUUCCCGGGCCGCGUCGGCCGUCUGCUCCUCGACGGUGUCGCCGACACCGACGACUAUGCGACUGGCGACGGCUGGCUGGCCAACACCGUCGACACGGAUGAGAUGGUCGACCGCUUCUUCCGCGGCUGCUACGACGCCGGCGCUGGCACCUGCCCUCUCGUCCGCCCCGGCGACAAGUCCGGCGCCGACAUUAGCCGGCGUUUCUGGUCCUGGGUCGCGCAGCUCGACGAGUCGCCCACGCUUGUCACCCAGCGCGACGGCGGCGGCGGCGGCGGCGGCGUCUCUGUGCUGCAGUCGCGCGACCUGCGCGCUCUCCUGCUCAGCGCGCUGUACCGGCCGCUCAGCGGAUUCGCGGAGGCGGCCGCGCUCGCCGACCAAGCCAUGCGCGGCAACACGAGUGCCCUGUACGACCUCGUGACCUCCACCUCAGGCGGGCCGCUGGCCGACGCCUGCCCCGUCGGCGGCGGCCACCGCAACGACACGGCGGCCGUGAUCGGCACGCCCGACGCGCAAAUCGCCAUCCUGUGCGGCGACGGCGACAGCCUGCUGAACCGCACCGGGGCUUUUUGGCAGGGCUACGUGGCGCGGCAGCGCGCGCAGUCGUCCCUCGCCGGGGCCCUAUGGAGCGGUAUCCGGCUGUCGUGCGCGCGCUGGCAGGCGCACGCGGCGUGGCCGUUCAAGGGGCCGUUUACGACGCCGGCGGCGUCGCUGAACGCGUCCGCGCCGGAGCCCGGCCGGCCGGCGGCGCCCGUGUUUGUCUUGUCGAACCGCUUCGAUCCGGUGACGCCGCUGCGGGCCGCGCGCAAGGUCGCGGGGAGGCACCCGGGCGCGGGCGUGCUCGUGCAGGAGGCCAUGGGCCACUGCGUGUUCGGCACGCGUCCGGCGACGGAGUGCACGAGGGACCUGGUGCGCCGGUACUUUGACGAGGGCGUCGUGCCGGCGCGCGAGACGACGUGCGAGGCUGCGUGUCAGCCGUGGAGCAAGUGCGACGAGGCGGGUGCGGCGAGCGUCGAGUAUGGGACUCCGCGCUACUUCCAGUUCCCGCUGCAUAUUUAG